UAUUCACCUUCUAGGGAUAUAGAUGAACAAUUUUUGUGUUGAAACUUUUCACUGAUAACCAUUAAAACCCCUCAAAUCGAAACCCGAAACCUUUGCCAGGAAAUUUUUUCUGCACAAUAGCGAACAGGGUUGGCGAACUAGCCCUAUUCUUCAUCAUUUUUCGAUCUCGUCUGAACUUGUUUUGAGGAGAUUUCUUUUGCUGCUCCAUCUAUGAUCAUAGAGGUGCAAAUCUUCAGUUGAGAGUUUUCAGAAAAAACAUCUCCAAAUCCUUCGAAUCAAGGCUUGAAGUUGCAGCUUCAUCAACACUUGAAUCUCCACGAUAGGAGAUUGUUUGCUUCGUUUCAGGAAUUUGAGUGUGUUUUCUUGAGACAACCUGCAUUUAUUUGAGUUUGCAAGUAUUAGUAGGUGUCAAAGCGCCCGCCGUCUUCUGCGCAGCAACUUCUGGCUCCUCUCUCACUCUCUAAUACUUUGGGCCUUCUUCUGUCUCCGGCGGGCAUAAUCAUGGAGCACCAAAAGCCCGUGAUUCCUGGCCAACCUGCAAAAAGAGGGAAGACCAGCAACGAGCAGAUAAAAUCCAUGGUCGCCGGUGAUUUUGAAAGCGAAGAACAAAAGAAGAUACGCAAUUUCAUCGAGCAGUUGAGGAACUUGGACGUUUCCUUCUAUGCGUUCCGGAGGGACAACUUUUUGAAGAGCCCCUAUUCCUUGGUGCUGCCACUUCCCGAUCAAAUUGUCCGGUACGAAAAUAUGGGGAAUCCUGUUGAGGGGAUAGACUUGGGAAAGGUGAAGCAUUUCAGCCAUGAUAAGAUGAUCCAAAUUACUAGUGACUUUUCCGAAAACAACUACAUACGGAAGUCUACCUUUGGCCGACUGUUCAGAGGCAAGAUUGAUGAAGGUUCCGGAAUGCCACCGCGGGAGGUGAUUGUCAAAAGAUGGGACUUUUUAAUUCCUUUCAGUCCUACUUACGGCAAUUAUCCAGUCUAUUAUGCUCGCCAGCUUGAGAUUCUGCUGAAUCCGCAUGUUGCCUCGCAUCCUAGGAUGGCAAAGUUGAUCGGAUACUGUUGUGACAAGAUGUUUGCUCUUGUAUUUGAUGUGAACCUAAAUCUAACUGUCAAGGAUCUCAUCCCUCGUGAUAACUUCACUUGGAGCCCACGGAUGAAGGUGGCAAGGCAAGUUGCUGAAACCUUAAGGUUCUUUCAUGGCAAACAAAUUGCUUUAUGCAACUUUACUGCUCCCAGCAUAAGUGUUGAUGAGGAUUAUAACAUACAACUGUUUGAGUUUGAUCGUGCUGCAAAUCUUGCAUCGGAUAAUUUUCCAGUACUAAAAACAAUUGUGGGAGGAGCAUACAACUACUAUUCCCCAGAAUAUCUGACAUCAGUGUUAGAGUUUCGCAGAGAAUGGUUUUUCACAUCAGACGUGUAUGCUUUUGGGCUCUUGCUUUUGGAGUUGACAUUAGCAAAAUGUGCAGUGGAGGAAAGACCUGUGAAUUUUGUCGAAUGGGCCAAGAUAGCCUUUGCAAAAAAUGAGAGAUAUGAUCGUUUUAAAAUGACCAUUGCAGUUCCUCAGUUGUUGAUCUUUGACCUGGCAAUGAAGUGCGUGCAAGAAGACCCUAAAAUGCGACCACAUAUGGAUGAAAUUGUCAUGGAAUUGGAUAAAUUGUCUCAGUUUAAAACAGAGAACAGAGGGUUGUUAGGGUAGAGUUCAGUUAAAUGUCCUGAUAGUUCUAUAUAAAUAUUUUACUUGAGAAUGGCACUGAAUUUUCUUGUAUUGAGUUGCUGUCAAGGGUAAGUAACUUCACAUUUUGCUAUCACCAUUAUCAAUUAGCAUUUCUGUUGUUGUUGUUGGUGAUGCAACAA